UCUUCAUCUCGGUUGAGUAGUACAUAUUAUUUUGUAAACACGAACAAGAAAAUAAUUCCUGCUGUCUGUGCGUUUUCGAUAAUAAAAAAAUGUCGGAACCUAAGAGAAAAAGCAAGAAAUCCAAGGAAGAAAUUGCGAAGGAGUUCGACCUUCCGGAACGUAAAAGUAAAAUCGCAACGAUUCUCAAACAAGACGGACAAGCAUAUUGCAUUUGCCGUUCGUCUGAUUCUUCUCGUUUUAUGAUAUGCUGCGACGCAUGUGAGGAAUGGUAUCAUGGAGAUUGCAUAAACGUAUCGGAGAAGGAAGCUAAGCACAUCAAACAUUACUACUGCCAGCGUUGCAAGGAAGAUGAUCCAUCCCUUCAAACGGUGUUUCGUUUGGUUCCGGCACAAGGUCCGGUCCCGAAUCCCGAAGAGAAGAAACAGAAGAAGACUAAAGAAAAAGGAACUAGCAAGUCGGAGAAACGUUGCGGUCAAUGCGAGGGUUGCAAGGCACAGAAUUGUGGUAGCUGUGACGCCUGCUUAGGAUAUCAGGGCAAUGGGAGAAAACAACGAUGUGAAAUGAGAAUAUGUCAGAAUACGGUCAGUAGGAAGAAAGAUCGCGAGCUCAAAGCUGUAACAAGGGCGAAAAAGAGAAAACGUUCUCUAUCUCCGGAAAUCGUUUUGAAUCCAGCUUUGGAGGGUGACCGACAGUGUUAUGGUCCGGGAUGUAUUAUGACGGCUAGACCACAAUCGAAAUAUUGUUCUGAUAAUUGCGGUAUGAAGUUGGCCACCAGCAGAAUCUACCAGGUUCUGCCACAAAGAAUACAGGAAUGGUCGCUUAGCCCUGCCAUUUGUGAGGAACAGAACAAAAAAGCGCUGGAAGCGAUCCGAACGAAGCAAACCAUUGUUCGGGCGACAUUGGCCGAAUUAGAUAAACGACACGCGGAGCUAGAUUUGCUCGUAGAUCGCGCUAAAAGAUGUACUCUGGAUCCCAACGCAUUAGACAACAAUGACGUAGAGGAUGAAAUGUCCAUGUAUUGUAUUACUUGUGGACAUGAGAUUCAUUCCAAAACUGCUAUUCGGCACAUGGAGAAAUGUUUCAAUAAAUACGAAAGCCAAGCAAGUUUUGGCAGUAUUUUCAAAACCAGAAUCGAGGGAAACUCGAUGUUUUGCGACUUUUAUAAUCCGGCGAGCAACACUUACUGCAAACGGCUAAGGGUGCUUUGUCCGGAACAUUGUAAGGAUCCUAAGAUAAGUGAUGCGGAUGUUUGUGGUUGUCCGCUCGUGAAAAAUGUGUUCCAGCUGACGGGAGAAUUCUGUCGCGCACCCAAAAAGUCUUGUUUCAAGCAUUACGUUUGGGAGAAGAUACGCCGAGCGGAGAUUGAUUUGGAACGCGUCCGACAAUGGUUGAAAAUGGAUGAACUGGUCGAUCAAGAGCGCCAAAUUCGCCUGGCCAUGGCGUCACGUGCGGGUGUGCUUGGAUUGAUGUUGCAUUCUACCUACAAUCAUGAAAUUAUGGAAAAACUGUGCAAAUCUCAAUUGCAAUGAGACCAUUUUAUUUGAUGAUUUUUGCUUGCUUUUUUACUGACACUAAUUUGAUUGAAACAAAUGCGCAAUGAAGAAUAAAGACCAAAAGAAAUUGAAUUCUUAA